AUGUCUCGCGGAAGUUCAGCCGGUUUUGACCGUCAUAUUACCAUCUUCUCUCCCGAAGGACGACUUUAUCAAGUCGAAUACGCUUUUAAAGCGAUCAACCAAAGUGGCAUCACCUCGGUCGGUUUGAAAGGCAAGGAUAUUUCUGUGGUGGUCACCCAGCGCAAAGUGCCUGACAAGCUUAUGGAGGCCUCCACGAUCAACAAUGUUUUUGCACUGACCCCCAACAUUGGCUGUGUUGUCACCGGCAUGCCAGCCGACUGCGCCAAUCUGGUUCAACGAGCCCGAUAUGAGGCAGCCAACUUCAAAUACAAGUACGGUUAUUCGAUUCCCAUUGAAGUGCUCACCCGUCGCCUUGCCGACCUUGCUCAGGUGUACACCCAGAAUGCUGAAAUGCGUCCCCUCGGUGUGAGCAUCAUUCUCAUCGCCCAUGAAGAUGGUGAGUUGGACUGUGGACCUCUUGUCUACAAGUCUGACCCAGCCGGUUACUACUCGGGAUACAAGGCCUGCUCAGUGGGCGUCAAGUCUGUGGAAGCGCAGAAUCACCUGGAGAAAAAGCUAAAGAAGAAAACCGACUACAACAAUGACGAGGCAAUUCAGAUGGCCAUCUCCACCCUUGCCCAGGUACUAGCCGUUGAUUUUCGCUCUUCCGAGUUGCAGGUUGGUGUGGUCGGUUCAGACGGGCUUUUCAAGAUCAUGGGCGAGGCGGAGAUUGAUAAGCACCUGAGUAGCAUUGCUGAAAAGGAUUAA